GUUUCGAAGCAAGUGUCAAAAUGAUGCUAAUCAGGUGUAGCAGACCCCUAAUAUGAUGGGGGAGGAGGCCCAAGCUUGGGGGGAGGGGCUGGUGGAAGACCUCCACUCCCUGGAGCUAGCCCAGCACUUCCAGCUGACUAACAUGGACGGGGAUGACCAGGCGUGGCGGGUGGAGGAAGAUGACGAGGCCCUGGAGCUAGAACGACAGUUCCAGUUAACCAGCAUGGAAGAGGACUUAGCUGCUGCAGAAUUCCUCGAGAAUCUGACUGAGAUGUUGGACGGUUCCUCUGACAAUGAAGAAGCUUUCCAGGGACCAGAUGAACCGGAGGAAAUCAGUGCUGAAGUUCAGAGUAAGUUACACACAUGUCACAGAUGUGAAAAAGUAUUUCCUAACCCUUCCUCUUUAAAGAAACAUGUCAUCCGCCAGCACAAAGACAAGCAGACGUAUAAAUGUGACACAUGCGAGAAGACAUUCAAACAGAACAUUAACCUUGUGGAACAUAUGAGAGUUCAUACUGGAGAGAAACCCUUCCAGUGCCAAGUUUGCGAUAGACAGUUCUCUCAUUCCGGGAGCCUGUAUCGGCAUACGAGGAUCCACACUGGGCUAAAUCCGUACGAGUGUUCCGUCUGUGAGGCAAGCUUUACUACAACCACCAAACUAAAGGAGCAUGUCCUGGUCCAUGUUGGAGAGAAACCCUAUGAAUGUGAGCUGUGUGAGAAAGCCUUCGCCCACCAGUCAUCUCUCAAAUACCACAUGAGAAAACAUACAGGGGAGAGACCAUAUCAAUGCGAUGUUUGCGAGAAAAGCUUUUACACAUCUUCCCAUUUGAUGCGGCAUGUGAAGAUCCACACCGGAGACCGACCUUACAAGUGUGAGCUCUGUGGGAAGGCAUUCAUCCAGGCAGAAUUCUACAAGCAGCAUGUCAGAAAGCACACUGGCGAGACACCGUUUCAGUGUGAGGUGUGCCACAAAGGAUUUGUUGGAAAGUCUCACCUCAAAGAACACAUGAGAUCUCACACAGGGGAACGUCUGUUCAAAUGUGAUGUUUGCGACAAGUACUACAGCAGUUCCAGUGCAUGCAAGAAGCACAUGAGGGUUUUCCAUGGGGAAAAGAAGUUCCCCUGCCCUCAGUGUGACAAAACCUUUUCGUUGCCCGAAGCUUUGGAGAAGCAUAAGCGAGUCCAUACAGGAGAGAAGCCGUUCCGAUGCGAUGUAUGUUCGAAGUGUUUCAUCGGCAAGAAGAACCUGAAGGAUCACAUGAGAACCCACAACACAGAAGGCUUUCCGUGUCAGCUCUGUGGAAAACGAUACAGCAGCACCAGCAACCUUCGCAAACACGUCCGCGUCCAUCAUGGCGGUAAGCAGGUGACGACUGGGAACCAAGAUGUCCAGGGAGUACCCCAGACCAUCACAGAAACAGAGGUUUCUGUCCAGGAUUCCGUCUAUGACCUCCUGGAAAAUGAGGACACAGAAAAGGAUUAUGAAGAAGCCUCUUCCAUCUUAGAUCUCUUUCAUGAGCUGGGAUCCAUCGGCAACUCUUUCGACCAGACUCAGGAUUUGUAAAUGUCUCAGAAAUAGGAUCUGCAUCAUUGUAAAACCAUUUAGACAAGAGUAUACUGAAGUAUGACCUGCUAUGUCUGUGAAGUUUAUAAUUAACUUAUAUUCUCACAGGUGUACACAUGGCUUGUACUAGAUAUCAUAUUUUAGGGGAGAAAAUGAAAAUGGACACUUGUUAUGUUCAUAGAGUUAAGUCAAUGGUUAUACAUGUUUUGAAGAUCAUAGAUUUCCCUAUCUUCAAGUCUUUAUGACAUUCCGUUGGUUGCUAUUGUUACAUUUAUAUAGUCGUGGUACUGUUUGUGGCCUUCGUAUUGUUCAUAAUGUGUCAACUUUCUAUGAUGCAUCGGUGCACACUGUUGAUAAUAUAUUUUGAAUGUAUCACAUAACGCACAUCGAUCCUUCCUGUGACGUGCUAGAGGUGAGACAGUUGAGGUCGUUGUGUUGUGAUGGCACCAGUUUGUAGCAGUGGUACAUUUGAUGCAGUUAUACAGUGCAGUGAUCGAAUAUAUUGUGUUCAUAAUAUAUAGUCAAACAUUGUAGGUAUUAGUUAUACAAAAUAAAUUACAAUGCAGUGAUACAUCAUAAUGAAUUUGCUGGAGACAAAUAAAAAUAGAGCAUUUUCAUGAUUUUCCAACUUUUGAUCUCAGGACAUUUUCAAUUACAUAGUCCCAAAAAUAGAAGCCAGAACCUGUCCGAAACUCUUGAUACAUAGUUUUAUAUGAAGGGAUGUAAGAAAUGAAAGUGGUACAUUGCAGUGUUAUACAACAUAUAUAUUACACCCAUAUUUACACUACUGGUAGUGGUAUAAACAUUAAUAUUGCAUUAGAAACGGACCAGUGUUCGUUUCUAAUGCAUCAUGAUAACAUCUUCCCUAUGAUUAUUGGGUACUUAUACUCACUGUUGUUUAACAUAGUUGCAGAAGCACUGCAAGUAUGUUGAUGAAAGCAUCCUUAUUCAUCCUCUUUUAUUGUCUCACCUCUAGCCUACAUACUUUGUGAUCUUUUCUGAAGCCUUUAGAAUACGUUCCAAAGGUUCCUUCUUUCUGGGAGUAUGAUGCUCAAGGUUGUUGUUAUCUGUUAUUCUAACAAAAGGAUGUUUUUUAUCCUCUAUCAUGUUACUUUUUUAAUGUUUGUUGUGAUCAUAUUUGCAAGGAACUGAAGUCAUGUCCCAAGUGACACACAUCUGUACACCGAUAUGCAUCCAGGGGACAGCUCUGUAGAGUCAUUUCUGCUGAUAACUGAUGUCUGUCUUAGUUCUGCAAUUCUCUGACUUCCCUAAACGAGACAACAGCUGUUGCAGAUUCAUCUCCAGCAGUGUUUGGCUUUAAGCAUUAACGCUAAGAUGUGCUUAUCCUAACAAUCAUGUUGAAAAUUUAGGGGUCAUUGAAACAUGAAAACCUCACAGAUCCAAGGUCUCCACUUUAAUUUCAAACACUGUCCAGUUAUUUGAUACAGUACAGGGGUGGUCGGGUAGCCUAGUGGGUAAAGCGUUCGCUCGUCACGCCGAAGACCCAGGUUCGAUUCCCGACAUGGGUACAAUGUGUGAAGUUCAUUACUGGUGUCCCCGUCGUGAUAUUGCUGGAAUAUUGCUAAAAGCGGCGUAAAACCAUACUCACUCACUCUCUGAUACAGUACAGGUAGUGGAGCAUUUGUGAAUAUUUAAAAAAAAAAUUGUAUUGUAGUCAUGGUAAUCACAUUUGUCUAUUUCCCUGUAAUGAAACGAUGACUUUACAUGUAUAUACACACCAUUUCCAAAUGUGUAAAACUGAAGUUAUCUCCCUUUCCCCAGCAACCCUUGAAUUGCUAACCAAACUCAUUCACUGGAUUCAACGUAUUCAGAAUACAAGCUUCAUUAUAAUCAUAUGUACAACUAUCUACUUUACCUCUUGUAGUUAUUUCUGAUUGAUGUUUAUAUAAAAUGAACAAUAAUUCAUUAUUUACCAUAUUAACAUGGAUGCAGUUUUCCUAUUACCACCUUCAAAGUAGAUCCACAUGAUGUUGAUAUUGAGUAUCAUCAGUUUUGAAGUAUGUAGCAUUAAAAUCAAAUCAACUGAUCACAAAUCUCACUGGGCAUUACAUUAACCUAUCACUAUAAAUUGAUAGUUAGCAGAGUGAAUAAGAAUAUUUUUAAUCUAAUUUUCCUUCGAUUUGAGGAUAAAUUUACAAUGUUCUAGCUUUCAUGAGUGUAUGUGAUUCAUGAAUACUAGAGGUGUCAUAAUAUGGCUGGCUACCUGAUGUAUCAAUACAUAUUCAUUAUUGUGAUAUUUCUAUAACAAAAUGUGUCAUAAUAUGGCUACCUGAUGUAUCGAUACAUAUUGUGAUAUUUCAGUAACAAAAUGUUACAUAUCACAAUACUAUAGGUUUGCAAGGUUUUUGCGAGAAAUUGUCCAUGGGUCAUUUGACCUGGCUGACAGAGGUUCUUGCUACCAACCAGUUGUAUGUUUAAGAUUGCAUGAUUAAUUUCAGGUUAUUCUAAUAUUACUAAUAUUCAUUAUGCAAUCAGAUUUUGCAUUUUGUUUCAACGGUCACCCAACACUAGGCCCAGUAGUUAUCAGGCAGUGCUAUUUGAGAACUACAUGUAAUUAUUAUUGUUUUGAUAAUUGGUACAGAAUUCAAAACAUGAAUCUAUACUGUUGUAACAUGUAUUGUAUUGGCACAUUUAAAAUCGCGAUACCAGGGUUAGAAAUGAAUUGGUUUCUACAGUCCUCCUAAAACAAUCAGUUACAGAGUUGUUAUCUACCAAAUGGACAAUGUGGUAGUCCACUAGAAAAUAUUACUAAUCCUUCCCUAAUCCUAGAUUAGUUGACUUCAUUUGAACCCUGGAUACCUGAAUAAAUUGUUACAUAUAAAAACUGUAGCAUGACAUCCCUAAUGAAUACUGUACCAAACUGUAGCAUGACAUCCCUAAUGAAUACUGUACCAGACUGUAGCUUGGCAUCCUUUAUGAAUACUGUACCAGACUGUAGCUGACAUCCCUAAUGAAUACUGUACCAGACUGUAGCUGACAUCCCUAAUAAAUACUGUACCAGACUGUAGCAUGACAUCCCAAAUGAAUACUGUACCAGACUGUAGUUGACAUCCCUAAUGAAAACUGUACCAGACUGUAGCUUGGCAUCCUUUAUGAAUACUGUACCAGACUGUAGCUGACAUCCCUAAUGAAUACUGUACCAGACUGUAGCUGACAUCCCUAAUGAAUACUAUACCAGACUGUAGCUGACAUCCCAAAUGAAUACUAUACCAGACUGUAGUUGACAUCCCUAAUGAAUAUUGUACCAGACUGUAGUUGACAUCCCUAAUGAAUACUGUACCAGACUGUAGCUGACAUCCCUAAUGAAUACUGUACCAGACUGUAGCUGUCAUCCCUAAUGAAUACUGUACAAGACUGUAGCUGACAUCCCUAAUAAAUACUGUACCAGACUGUAGCAUGGCAUCUCUAAUGAAUACUGUACCAGACUGUCUCAUGACAUUCCUAAUGAAUACUAUACCAGACUGUAGCUGACAUCCCAAAUGAAUACUAUACCAGACUGUAGUUGACAUCCCUAAUGAAUAUUGUACCAGACUGUAGUUGACAUCCCAAAUGAAUACUGUACCAGACUGUAGUUGACAUCCCAAAUGAAUACUGUACCAGACUGUAGCAUGGCAUCUCUAAUGAAUACUGUACCAGACUGUCUCAUGACAUCCCAAAUGAAUACUGUACCAGACUGUAUCAUGACAUCCCUAAUGAAUAUUGUACCAGACUGUAGUUGACAUCCCUAAUGAAUACUGUACCAGACUGUAGUUGACAUCCCAAAUGAAUACUGUACCAGACUGUAGUUGACAUCCCUAAUGGAUACUGUACCAGACUGUAGCUUGGCAUCCUUUAUGAAUAUUGUACCAGACUGCAGGUGACAUCCAUAAUGAAUACUGUACCAGACUGUAUCAUGACAUCCCUAAUGAAUAUUGUACCAGACUGUAGUUGACAUCCCAAAUGAAUACUGUACCAGACUGUAUCAUGACAUCCCAAAUGAAUACUGUACCAGACUGUAGCAUGACAUCCCUAAUGAAUACUGUACGAGACUGUAGUUGACAUCCCUAAUGAAUACUGUACCAGACUGUAGCUGACAUCCCUAAUGAAUACUGUACCAGACUGUAGUUGACAUCCCUAAUGAAUACUGUACCAGACUGUAGCUGACAUCCCAAAUGAAUACUGUACCAGACUGUAGCAUGGCAUCCCUUAUGAAUACUGUACCAGACUGUAGUUGACAUCCCUAAUGAAUACUGUACCAGACUGUAGCUGACAUCCCAAAUGAAUACUGUACCAGACUGUCUCAUGACAUCCCUAAUGAAUACUGUACCAGACUGUCUCAUGACAUCCCUAAUGAAUACUGUACCAGACUGUCUCAUGACAUCCCUAAUGAAUACUGGAACAGACUGUCUCAUGACAUCCUUUAUGUAUACUGUACCAGACUGUAUCAUGACAUUCUUAAUGAAUACUGUCUGUAUUAUUAUCACUGCUUGUUUCUCUAAGUCGACUACAGAGUUUCUGAUGUUGGUGCUACCAAGGUGCUAUAUGUUUAAACCUCCUCAGAGAUCAUUGGCAGGUUAGCCGAUAAUUUCAUGCUUAAGUAAAUUGUUCAUGCCAAAUAUAUAAUGAAACACAGCAUUUCAGACUGUCAAAUGAUGAAGAUUUUGUAGAUUGAGGAUUAUUUUAUUGAAGUGACCUUUACAAUGUUGACCAAGCCAAAUAUUGAUCGCUGCUUGUAAUUGAUACACAUAGUAUGUCAGUCUCACGUCAGAUGGAAACAGUUUGAGGUGUGUACUGUUUAUAUUUUUAAAGUGACCUUUUGGAUGCCUUAACACCAAAGAUAUUGUAAAUUCUUCUUAUACGAAAGUAAGAUGAUCUAUCUGCAUCAUAAAUAAUUAUUUUUGCAACUUGACUGCCCACCUGUAAGUGAUCUACAUAAUGUCACUAGUCUGCCCUGAACUGGACUUGUGAUGGACUAGCAGCGUUAUGCUUUUUCAAAGCCUGUCUCGUGGUCUUGUCCCUGUAUCCCAUGUUGCGAGGCUUCAAUAGCCAGGGUUCCAGAGAAAAUUCUUUGAGUCAUUGAGUAUUCACUCACAUGCUAUAAUUCACAUUGGGUAUUCAUGGUUUUUCUUCGAGUAUGCCAUGCACGUUUGCUGUAGUCUAGGUAUUUUUAAACCAGUGAUAAAACAUAAUGCUGUUUGUAUGCAGUUUCAGAGGACAAUUUGUGCAUUAUUCACUGAAGUAGAGUUCAUGUAUUUAUGACAUUUAUGAUGCCUGUGGUCAUUAAUAAAUAUCUGUAAAGAUAUACAGGUAUGCACACUGAGUAGGCUACAUUGGAUAGUUCAUGUGAUUACAAACAGUAUUGUUAUACUAUUGUUUUUUUAUUUAGUUUUGAUUUGCUGCCUAUUUUGUACACAACUCAAAAUUAAUUGGGUAAUCUUUUAUGUGAUAUUGCAGUUUAUCUAGAGCUCUGAAUAUUGCUGUCCAUUGUGCAAAGUUCAGUGUAUGGGACCAGGACUACAUACAGAGCUCCUUCAAACCAACCUCAGGACUGUUUCUGUGUUAUUUCACUGUGCAGGGACUAGCAUUAAUGUUUAAUUUUUGUUUUAUUAAAUCAAUUUUGUUUGGGAAAUUGUUGAUAAAUAUAAACACAUAGAGGUACAAAGACUGUUGUAUCACUUCAUCUAUAACAUGUACCUUUUAAAGACAAUUUAAAAGAAUAAUUUGUGAAACCAUACAGUUUUUGUAACCCUGUUUACAGAUUUCCUUGGUAAUAGUGAGAGAUCUAAAACUUUGCUUAGAAUAGAUAAAAGCAACUGUAAACAGAUCAUAGCUUAUGUACUCAUAUCACACCUGCUGUAAUCUCAUAGUUGCUGAGAUUCCAUAAUCACAUCCAAGAUUUCUUAGUGACAGUCAGACAUUCCAUAGUGACAGUCAGAGAUCCCAUAGUGACAGUCAGAGAUUCCAUAGUGACAGUCAGAGAUCCCAUAGUGACAGUCAGAGAUUCCAUAGAGAUCCCAUAGUGACAGUCAGAGAUUCCAUAGUGGCAGUCAGAGAUUCCAUAGUGGCAGUCAGAGAUUCCAUAGUGGCAGUCAUAGUGACAGUCAGAGAUCCCAUAGUGACAGUCAGAGAUUCCAUAGUGACAGUCAGAGAUCCCAUAGUGACAGUCAGAGAUUUCAUAGUGGCAGUCAGAGAUUUCAUAGUGAUAGUCAGAGAUUCCAUAGUGGCAGUCAGAGAUUCCAUAGUGGCAGUCAGAGAUCCCAUGGCAUGCAUAGUAACAUCAGAUUUCAUCAUGACCGACAGAUACCUCAAAGUGGCCAUCAGUUUUCAUCGUGACAGAUCUCACUGACAGAUCUCACUGACAGAUCUCACUAACACUGACUUAUUAUUUGGUAAUGUGAGAAUUCUGAAUAAAUACCCAAUGUUGAUGUAAAUGGUGCAGCAUGGUGACAAUUUCGUCCAUUAGAGUUAUUUUACCUGCACUGAAAUAACACAGACAGCGAUGUCUAAUAAUCACUUACAGUAGAGUUUGAUGAGAACAGUUGAUCUUUCAUUAAACCUUUUUAAGUGAGACUUCUAUUUUGUGUAAUACUUUAGCCCAAAGGAUAUAUUUCUGCUUAUUAUGUUUACCGAGAUCUAUUUAAUAUAUUGUUUUGUCAAACCAUCCUUGUGAUAUUAUUGUUGUCAAAUAUGUCCAAAUGUCAGAUUUAUGUCUGAAAUAUUCAGACACAGAUAUAGUGUAUCUGUUGGUGUUUAGUAUUCAGCAUUGCAUGGCAAUUAUGUGAUGUACUUUAUCAUUCCAUUGUCUUAUAUAUAUAUAUAUAUAUAUUAAAUGAUAUUUGUGUUUAUGUAGCAAGCCAAAAAACUGGAUGUAUAGUAAUUUUAUAUUGUCCUGAUAUAUUCUAUUUUAUUUAUAACAUUUUAAAAGGAGAGCUAGAUCCAAAGGGAAGCAGUGUCAUAUGGCUUCACAUUUAGAAAGUUGUUUUCCACAAAAUCAAGAAUUCUUAAGUAAAUUUGACUUGUUGAUGUCACAGAUUGUUUAAGAAAGAUGAAAAUUGAAAUAGGAAUGACACCUCUGAGGUGUGGAAUUUGAAAUAAAAAUACUAUCUCUCCCUCAAUUUUUGGAAAAUAUUGUUUUACUACAACUUAAUAAGAUGUUAUUGCAGAUUUUUGAAAUCUCACCUUGUUGGUUUUUCUGUCACUGAUGUUUUUACCGAGGUUUGUUAAUUAUUGUGUGUAGUGGACAUACCAUCCAUGUUGGUUUAUAAUGAUGUUUGUACUGAACUGUGUUGUAAAUGCGGCCAUGUUCAUUUAUUUUACAGGGGGCACGGGUGGCCCAGUCGUCUAAGGCGCCGCGAUUCGCUGUGCAGAGUUGCGUCCCUUGGGCACGCCAGAAACCUAUGAUUGUGGGUUCGAAUCCCGCUU